UAACGGCAUCGGAAAUACUUGCUUGCAGAAAGGCGGAUCCCUCUCUGCUACUUACCUUUCACAACUUCUUUUGAACCCCUUUUUUUAUUUGUUCCUUCCCGGCAGGUCUCAGUUACUGUCCACUCCCAACUAAAUUCCUUUCUCUAGUUUUAAAACGACAUUCAGUCGAGUUUUACGACCGCCCUCGCCGCGACGACAGGAAGAGUUUCAUAGCUUUGGCCACCCAGCUAGCUAACUUUUAACGCUCCAGCAUUCAACUUGACAACUGACCUGCAGCGGGGUGAAUUGUGCUUUCAAAUCCAGGAAAAAUGGGAGAUAAAGAAUUGAUGUGGGCAUUGAAGACUGGGGACCUGGACGAGGUCAAGGCCAAAUUGGUAACGGCCGAUGAUGCCAACCGGACCCUAGAUGGCGGGAGGAAGCCUCUGCACUACGCUGCAGACUUUGGUCAGACAGAUGUGGUAGAGUUCCUCAUUUCUAAAGGAGCAGAUGUCAAUGCCCCAGACAAACAUGGGCUCACUCCACUGAUCUCUGCCUGUUUCGAGGGUCACCUCUCCUGUGUCAAGGUCCUGCUAGAAAAGGGAGCUGACAAAGACCGAAAAGGACCAGACGGCAUCAGUGCCUUUGAAGCUGCCGAGAGCGACGCCAUAAAGGCUCUGCUCAAGUGAGCCACCACAGUGUGGGAGGUGGCUGGACAGGUGGGUGAACGGACAGACAGACGGAUGCAGUGGUCCCCUGACAGAAGACGGACUCUCCCCUUUACCCUGAUCAACCUCUGUUUUAACACUGCUUUUGUCUGUUUGUUGGGAAGGGUCAUUUUAUCUGUCUAGUGAUUUUCCUUUACUUUUUUUUUUCCACCCAGGUUUUUGGGAUAGGAUUCUCUACUUUUGGCCUCUGUUUGUAGCCAUUUAACAGAAGGACAUGUCAAUUAUGUCUCCCUUAGGGACCAAACACUGGGGGAGCGCUCUCGCACCUGGACCCUAAAACACUGCUCAGACUAGAAUUCAGAUUCUGUAACGUAAACGCAAAGCUUAGCACUUAUACACAUCUCUCAUUUGCAGUUGUCUCUUAAACCUGAAAAGAAAUGAAAUGAUGAUAGAUCAAUAGUGUGUUAAUAUUUUUUACAACUUCAAUAUAAGUAUUGUAUGGCCAGGGCUUUAAUCUUAUCAUGAACAGUAAUUGCACUGUACUAUACUAGAUAGAUUGAAAAGAAUGGUUGUAAAGUUUCAUUAUAUUAACCUUUCAUUAUGUGUGGCCUCUUCCUCUACCUUGAGUUUUUUUAAUAGACUAAACUGUCCCUCCAAUCCAAUCUUAAAAUUUUGGUAAUGUUGGGUGAGAGAGGUGCAGAGGUCAGAUUUUCCUUUUCUACUGGGCCCUGUAUCGCUUACAUAUCAAAUGGUGUUUUUUGACAAAUUUUACGUUAGUAAUGCAUUAAAAGAUUUUCUGUAUUCUUUGACCAAUCUCCAUGCUGGUUAACUAGAAAGACUUGAAUGUUGCAGUUUUGAAAUCUGUUGACUCAAACCCUUUUGAAGCAAUGUUAACAGCACAUAAUAGAAUAAGGAAUUUUAGAAAUUUGUUCAUUUCGUCGCCCUUAGAGUGAGAUUUCAGUCUGGAAAAUUUCAGACCUUUUUGUUGCAGCCUCUCUGUUUAUUUUGCAAUUGGUGGGCUCCGGGUUCUCUGACUGAUGGGUAAAUUGGGGGUUAGAGAUGAGAGUGGAUAGUGGGGGCUAUUGGUGUUCCCCUUGCCUUGGAUUUGGUUAGAAGCCCUGCCUGUUUCGCUGCAUGUCAAAACUGCCUCUGCUUUUACGCUAUGAAAUGGUCGCUGUCCUCUCUUGGUUGCUUUCAAAUGAAUUACUACUAUGUAAUGGACAAAAAAAGAUGCUCUUGCUGACUUUGUUGUGACAAAAAGUCUGUAAAAACAGAAAUAAAAAUAUCUAUAAAAUU